AUGCAUGAAGAGCUGGCCCUGGCCCCUGAAGAGUCGACCACUCCCUUCUUCCCCACCCCAAAUUCCAUUGACCUGUCCUGUGAGCAGCUGUGCACGAAAGUGGAAACUCCAACCCACACAACCAGCUUCUCUUUAUGUAGCUACAAAAAGGCACUUAGUAGUGUGAUUCAUCUUUGGGAAAAAGGACAGGGGGAGGAGGCCCAAAUAACCUUAGACAGUUUGGACAAAGAAUUCCAAGGUCUUGUGUGCCCAGAUCAUGGUUUAGAAGUUGGAGUGUGUUUCCGACAGAGGGGGUGCGGAAGGGAGCAGCCGGGCGGUGGAAGCGCGAGCGGGAGGCCGGCCGCGGUCCCGACUUUGCCGCCGCCGCCGCCGGGGCUCGCCCGGGGAUGUCUCAAGACCCCCAAGCACCACGCGGCGGCCGCCGUCCCGGCCUCUGAGGGCCGCCACGUCCCGGCAGCGCGCGGAGUUCUGUACACGUGGACCAACCAUCUCACAGGUUGGCAGCCUCGCUGGUUUGUUUUAGGUAAUGGAAUCCUGUCCUACUAUGAUUCACAAAAUGAUGUUUGCAAAGGGAGAAAAGGAAGUAUAAAGAUGGCAGUUUGUGGAAUUAAAGUCCAUUCAGCAGACAACACAAGAAUGGAAUUAAUCAUUCCAGGAGAGCAGCAUUUCUACAUGAAGGCAGUGAAUGCAGCUGAAAGACAAAGGUGGCUGGUGGUUCUGGGGAGCUCCAAAGCCUGUUUGUCUGAUACUAGGACUAAAAAAGAAAAAGAAAUAAGUGGAACCAGUGAAUCUCUGAAAACCAAAAUGUCUGAGCUUCGCCUCUACUGUGACCUCCUAAUGAAGCAAGUUCAUACGAUCCAAGAAUUUGUUCACCAUGAUGAGAAUCAUUCAUCUCCCAGCAUAGAGAACAUGAAUGAAGCCUCUUCUCUGCUUAGGGCGGCGUGUAAUACAUUCAUCAUAACGCUUGAGGAAUGCGUGAAGAUAGCGAAUGCCAAGUUUAAACCCGAGAUGUUUCAGCUGUGCCAUCCGGAUCCCUUAGUUUCUCCUGUGUCACCUUCUCCUGUUCAAAUGAUGAAGCGUUCAGAGAGGAGUAGCCACUCUAUAAAAGAAACAGUGUCUACACUUCACCGACUCUCCCAGCGGCGCCGAAGAACCUACUCAGAUACAGACUCCUGUAAUGAUGUUCCUCUCGAAGACCCAGAUAGACCUGUUCACUGUUCAAGAAAUACACUUAAUGGAGAUUUGGCAACAGCAAUCAUUCCUGAAGAAAGCAGACUUAUGGCCAAAAAAAAAUCUGAAUCGGAAGAUCCUCUUCCAUCCUUCUCUUCCUGA